UUUUUUAUUAUGUCUUUUACUUUGCUGUGUCUUUACAUGCAGUUCUCUUUAUUUGUUUGUUGGUCAUUCUGUUUCCUAUUCCUCUUCUUUAGCUUCAGCUUCAGCGUCGUCUGUUUUGUGUUCUGUGACUUUGCUUUUUAUCAAUGUUUUAGUGUUGUUUUGUGUUGGUUGUUAAGAAUUGUGCAAGUCAAAAAAUUAAUUUAAAACGUUCGUAGUUCCCCUAACGGUAAGACGCGCUAGCCACUAGCCGUUUGCUGUGACGAGUUUGAAAUAAAAAUUGAUUUACGUAGAAUAAAUACUAGAGAUUCUCGUGCGAUAAGUGGAAAGUUGCUGGUAAUAAUUAAUGAGAAAUUUAAAUAGUAAAUUCAAAGUGAAUAUGGGGGUUUUCCAGUAUAAAUUUCGUGUAAAAAUAUUUAUUUAUAAAAAUAUAAAUUAAAUAAAAUAUUUUUUUUUCGCCAAAAUUUACUGCCUCACGCUGCCAAAGUGUAAAGUGCAUUGUUCUAAGCAAAUUUUGUGAUAAAUAAAAUGCUAUCUACGGCUGUUUCGAGUUCAAAAAGUUAAAUGAAAUGAACUUUUGCGUUGCAUUGAAAAAAACAGUGUGGCAUAGAAGAGUGUUGCAUGCGCACGCUAAAGUGUUUUCGUAGUGAAAAUUUUGAUGACAAAAGCCAGCAAGUACGUUCGUAGUCAGCGUUUAGUUGUCAUUAAUAAAUAUAAUAAAUGUAUAAAUGUUGCACAACAACAAAAAUAUAGAAAUUAUAUUUUUUUUCUUAACUCAAAACGAUUUAAUCAACGUCACUGUAGUUGUUGUUCUUGGUAGACACGGCUGCUGGUUUAGCAACUUUGAAGAAAGAAUUUCAUGUUGUUUUCUCCCCUUUAUUGUGAAGAAUAAAUCGCAACGUUUAACAACGUAUCGUUGGUUAAAAGGAAAAAAAAAAACAAAAAAAAAAUAAUUUAUUUAAUAACAAUCAAUAGUGACUAUUGCAAAAUAGAACAGAAAAAUUAAAUAAAGCAAAAGUAAAUAAAAACUCGACUAAACGUGUCAAAAUCCAAAGUAAACGAAAGUAAACAAUAAGAAAAGCUAGAGAAAAAAAAACAAAAUUGACUUGACAGUGUUCAAAAAUUGAUUUUUUUCUGUUGUUGUUGUAGUUUUAUUAUUAUUAUUGUUGUGAAAUGCACUAAAGUUGUACUGCAUUGACUUAUGAGUGCAAAUCUGUGACGCGCUGCGACAGAGUGACAAAUAAGAUUUCUAAUUAAUUUUUACUGACGUGCCUUGAAGCAAUUCUGCAGCGAGGCGCCGCCACUGCGAAAGAGAAAAAUAUAAUUAUUUGCAAGGAAAAUCGCUAACCAAAUCGAUAAAUAAACGCAUACUAUGUACAAAUUGCAAUUGUGGUCAAAACAAACACAACAACAAAGACAAGAACAAAAACAAAAACAAAUUUCAAAAUUAAUUAAACGACCAAAACAGCAACAACAUCAGAAGCAAGAACCACCGCCUCAAAGAGAACGCGACGAUUUGCGACGACUGCAACAAGAAAAACAAAAACAAAAACAACAAAACACACGUGUAACAAAAACAAAACCGUUGGCGAAAACAACAAAAGUGUGGUUAGCGAACAAACUUGAUAAGUUAUUAAGCACAAGCAUCAACGGUAGCAACAUCAACAACAAUAUUAAACACAAACAUUGGCUAUUGCUCUACAUUUAUAGCAUUGACUUUGUCGCUUGCGUCUAUCAGCAACAAUUGCUAGCGAUUAGUAAUUUAUUGCAUACGAUCACACAUUUCCUGUUGAACGGACGUGCUCAACAGCUGAUCGAGAAUACAUAGCAGCAACAGCAGCAGCAGCGGCAGCGGCAGCGAGCAGUGAUAUCUUAACGAUUGUACGAGCACAAACAUACGAGCACGAGAACACAAAACAAACGAGUAGCGCCUGCGCGAGCAAAAGACAGCGAAGAACAGCCAUAAUACGACGCAAUAACGGAAUUUCUUCGACGUCAACGGCCUCGUUAAUUUACGGCGAAGACAAAUUAAAAAAAAAAAUAAAAAUAAAAAAGAAAUAAAUAAAUAUUUUAUAUACUCUAGAAAUAUAAACAAAACGCGCGAACGAUAUACUCACACACAUACACACACACGCUGUAACAGAGGAACAAAUUGAUAACGGAACAAAGCUGCAGCUGCGUCAUGAAUAUCGAUAGUCCGAUUUUUGUGCCGCGCAAUAUGGCGCCAAUGAACUCUAUGCCGGCUGUGACGCCGCUUUCGGUGGCAGAGCCAAAAUCGCCGAACGCCUUACGUACCUUAACGUUAGCCGCUGCUGCCGGCGUCACUAAUGGUGGAGUAGCUGGUGGAAAGAAUUUGGAUAACAACAACAACAACUUUGGCGGCUUCUGGCCACCUUUCUUCAACAAUCCGGCCACAUUCUAUCCGCGUGCCAUGAAUAGCAGCAACAGCGGCAACAACAACAAUAACUACUUGCAAUAUUGCCAACAGCAGCAACAACAGCAGCAACAACAGCACUACGUGCACAAUUUUCUGCAGCGUCAGCGAACAUUGCCGAGCUUUCACAGUCACUGGACACAGCGGAAAUUUGCGAAUGCUGUAAACGUGCAGCGACAACAACUGCAACAACAACACAAACAACAACAACGUAAAGAAAAUGCCAUAACACAAUUUUCGGUACAGCAGAGUCAACAACGGCGUAAAAAGCAGAAAACGCAACCGCAAUCUUUGCAAAAACAAGAAACGCCGGAACAACAGCAAAAACAACAACAGCAUGUGAGUUUUAUGAAAAAUGCGGAUGUCAAUAACACAAACACAAAUGAUAUGCCGCCGCUGCCACCGACGAUUGCUAUUUUUUCGCCGCCAAAAAUGCAAGCGGCCGCCACAACAACAAAAGCAAUAACAGAAACAGUAAUAACAGCGGAAGCAUUGCUGUUAACGAAAUCAGCUGACGCAAUGGACUAUUUCAAUAGUGCGAAUAUCAACAAUAACGUCAACAACGACACCAACAAAAAUUACAACAACUACGAUAUUGAUAUCUCAAAAAUUUCCACAAAUACGCGUGACAACAGCAACAACGAAACGAAUGACAACAACGUCGCCACAUCGCACAGCGUUGGCGAUGCCAAUAUGACAGCACAUCCAGCAGCAACAACAAUAAUAACAACAACUAACGACAAUACCGCACUGGCAUUGCCAAAUCAAUCAACGCAAUUAACCGUUGAUGUUGAAGAGUCGGAAAUGUCAACAAAGAAAGAUGACACUGUGCAACGUAAUGGUAGCAGAGUUGGUCAGCAAAUACGUAAUCCCAGAUAUUACCAACAACAACAACAACACAAUACGAAAACUGAUUCAUCUGAUUCGGGUAUUUCAACAAAUGGACGUCAUCAUCAUCAUCAUCACCAUAAUCAUCAACAACCACAGCAUCGACAACAACAACAACAACAGCAGCAACAGCAAAAUCAGAAACAACGCAAAUCGCGUUUAAAUAGUAAACGACAAGAAAAUACAGCAACAACAACAACACAGAAGCGUACAACCGAUUACUCAGUUGAUGAUUGGUUAGGUCGUGAUGAUAUGGUUUACUGUUACGAUCAUCGGUAUAUAUCUUCAUGCGCGGAAGACAAUUUGUUGGCCGCUCGCCACAAUCCUGCACAUCGUAACAGCACAUCGAGCGAUGCCGCUGCCAGCGAUGACCUCAACUCGAGUUCGAGCAAUGAAGAUUUGAGUGCCGUCUACACGGUAAUGUCACAGCCGGACAAGAAGGGCUGCAAGGCACGUAGAAAUCGGCAGCAGCGUCGUCGUAAGCGUUUAGACGAACAAAACGGCGACCAACUUCAAGCCAUUCCCAUGGAUGUGGACGAGGAUAGCAAAGAGAAUCGACGUCCACAGCAGCAACAACAACAGCAGCAACAACAGCAACAGCAGCACAACCAACAGCGCCAACAGCAGCAGCAGCAGCAACAACAACAGCAAUCCGUUAAGUCAAGCGGCAUCAAUCUGCGUAAGCAAUGCACUAAAGCGGCCGCCUUGAAAGCGGUCAACAAGCAUCACAGCAGCAAUAACAAUAGUAGCAGCAACAACAGCGGUGGAAACACAAAGUCUCAUGCGCUCAGCAACUCCCCAUCGAAUUCAUCAGUAUGCAGCGCACUCUCCUCCGCUUCAUCCUCAUUCUCACACUCAAGCACGUCGCUCGCUUCGAGCACUUCGUCCGCUUCGAGUUCGCCCACCAAUUCGGCGAACUGCUCGCCCACUGCCUCACCCACCGCCAGCAAGAGAAAUGCAGAGAAUUUCCGUAAAAUUGCACGCGCACUCGCGCCACCACUGCGUCAGCACAGCAAACUGAAUAUGUCCGAGGUCGAGCUCGUGCAACAUUUACGCCGUUACAUAAUCGAUCCGAAUUUAUUGCGCGUCUACGGUUACCCAGUAGAGAGCGCCAUACACGAGGGUUGCAUUGAAAUUUACAAAUGUCUCCCACGACCGUUUGGCGUACACACACAUCACACCACAUCCAAAACGGAUAUUGUCAACACUGCGGAUGGCUUGCAAAUGCACUUCUCCACAAGCACCACAACAAGCGUCGACUUGAAGACGCCGUGGACGCUCGGUAGCGAUAACUCUACGGAUUCAGGUCAGGGUUCGGGCGACUCCAGUCCGCCCUCCAUGGAUUCGGACUCGAGCGAAGCGGGAGAAGAUGAGCCCGCCACCACUACGGCCUGUUUUACACCCGAUGGCAGCUAUCAGAUAUUUUCACAGUACGAUCAAUCAUUGGAGAAACAGUGUGUGCGUUGUAUGCGCACAUUCCAUGUGACCGAGACCGGCGAGUAUCUCAGCUAUGAGAGUUGUACUUUCCAUUGGGGUAAACUCUACAACCUGUACACAGGCAGUAAGGGUUACACAACACAAUACACCUGCUGUGCGGGCACUAAAGAGACCGAGGGCUGCUCACGCAAUCCACUGCACGUGUGGACCGGCGCUGUAGUGGGCAUAAAUGGUCCGUACACAGAUUUCGUGCAUACACGUCCGCGUUCCGAGGAUAAAUCCGCUAGCGCAACGAAAGUCUACGCAUUGGACUGCGAAAUGUCUUUCACCGGUCGUGGCUUGGAAGUCACAAAAGUGACUGUGGUCGGCUAUGACGGCCAACUGGUGUAUGAGCAUUUCGUGCGACCCGAAGUCGAGAUUGUCGACUAUAAUACACGUUUCUCUGGCAUUACCGAGAAAGAUCUCUGUACACACUCGAAUAAGGGAGUCAAAACGUUGGCGGAAGUGCAACGCGAUUUGUUGCAGUUGAUCGAUGCCGAUACCAUAUUGAUCGGUCAUGGGUUGGACAAUGAUUUGCGCGUACUGCGAAUAGUACACAAAACUAUUAUCGACACAUCGAUCGCAUUCCCGCAUUCGAGCGGUUUCCCCUAUCGGCGCGCACUCAAAAACCUCACAAAGGCCUGUCUCAAUCGCGACAUUCAGUGUGGCGAUGCGGGGCAUAGCAGUUUCGAGGAUUCACGUGCCUGUCUGGAAUUGAUGCUGUGGAAAGUGCGUAAGGAGCUGCGACCGACGGCGUACUGAAGGGUACACAACUACAUACAGUGGCGUGUUGCUCAGCGUGAGAGUGAGUGAGAGGGAGAGUGUUAGUGUAUAAGGUUGAGAGUUUGAAAGCGUGAGUGUGUAUGU